AAGGAUAUCACUUUCUAAAGUGUUUUGUUCUAGAAUGCAUGGAUUAGUUCGUUUGACCAGGAGUACCUCGCUAGAAGAUGUAUGCUAGUAGCCGUAUUCUAUCAGAUCUUUCUCUUCUCAGGACUCUUUAUUGUCAACUUUAUGACAGUUGACGGAGUACUAAAUCCUUCCAUUCUAUUCCUCAGUAAUUGUCUUCCUGAUAAUCCAUUGACAAAUGAUUAUAUUCUCAUUUACAAUAUUUUUGCAAUUUUCAUGAAUUUUGGCAUUUUAACCUUCACAAACGUGUAUGUCCAAUGGAAAGUAAGAAUGGAAAGUGGUGAGUCCUUUUCCUGGGUAGAAUGUUUUCAGUUUAAUUCAUUGAAAUAUGCUAGUUUGGGAGGUUUAGUUAUGGCCGGGUUUAUCACACUUCACAUCCUGACUUUGAUAAAAACCUGUUCACCUGUGUUUCAAAUAGUUCAGAACACAAUAAUAGUUGUUGUUCCACUCUCCGUCCUUAUCCUCAUAACCAUCAAGGAGAGAGAGUCUACCCUCCCUCUCCUCUACUCCAAGUUCAGAAUUCAGGGCUGGUGUACUGAGCCAAGGGUAGAACCGGAAACGGAAAUAUCUUACAGAACAUCGGAACUUGGACCAGGAGGAAGGAAGCUAAGAACGCUGGACCCAAGAAAUCUUGGUCCCAUUUUGGGUCAUUUGGAUGAUAUUGACGACGGUGGAAUAUACGUUGGUCAUUCCCCAACCUCAACUGCAAACCUGGCACAACCAAGCUCUAGGGAAAAGAAAAGAAACCAUUUUCCAAGAAUUCAACCAUCUCUAGCCCUACCCUCAGGUCAAGGUGACAUACCUCCAGUCCUACCUUCAGUUUCAGGAUACCUACCUCCAGCCCUACCCUCAGGUUCAGGUUCCCUACCAUCAGGUUCAGGUUACCGACCAUCAGGUUCAGGUUACCAACCUCCAGCCCUACCCUCAGGUUCAGGUUACCAACCCUCAGGUUCAAGGGACCUACCUCCAGCCCUACCUUCAGGUUCAAGGGACCUACCUCAUGUAGAAUAAGAGAAGAGAGAUGGAUAAGGAUUAAGGAUUAAGGAUUAAGGAUUAACAGAUGGAGAAGGACAAAUUUAUGCGACGCUGGAAACACUUUGUGACCUGGUAGCUCCUCUAGUUUCAUCUUGCACACAAGUAUGAAAAAAGCAAAUUCUACUGGUUACAUAUCAGCAACUGAAUAGCUCUUAUUCAAUAAGAGGAAUAAUGAUGGGAAACAUUUAAAAAUUCAAUCUUACUUGAAAUUUACUUUAGUUUGACGUUAAUUGAAGUUAAGAGCACAGUGUGGCCCAUCACAGGCAGCCAUAGUACAUUCGAAUUUCCGAGCCGGGUCAACCUUUCUGGUCCCAGUUUG